AUGCGUUUCGCUGUUGUCGCCUCUGCUCUCUUCGCCGGCCUUGCCGUUGCUGCUCCCGCUGUCACUCAGACCGUCCACUCCACUGAGGUCGAGACCAUCACCUCCUGCGGUACUCUCGAGCUCCACCGAGNNGUCGCUGCUGUUCCCACUUCGGCUCCCGUUGUUCCCACCUCGGCCCCUGUCGUCGUUGCUGUCCAGAACACCACUGCCCCUGCUCAGCAGCCCCAGACUAACUUCCCACACCGUCAUGUCGGUCGGCACNNCACCGUCGUCCCCGCUGGCAGCAACGUUCCCACCUCUGCGCCUUUCGCCAUGGUCAACUCCACCAUGCCCGUCGGUCCCCAGGGAACUGCUGCUUCCACUGGCUUCGGCGCCUCUGCCACUGGUGCCCACCCCUCAUCCUACACUGGUGCUGCCGGCAAGCUCAACGCCGGCAUGGCCCUUGCCGGUGUCGCUGGUUUCGCUGCUCUCCUCAUCUAA